CUGUUUUUUUUUUAAUUUACACAGUAAUGGACAGAAUAUUUAAUCUAAAAUCUUGGAAAUAAAAGUCAACACUACAAAUAUUCCGCAUAACAUAUUGCAUUUGUGUUGAUGAGGGUAUAAUGAUGUUGAUUUUAUUACAUUAAACAAUCUGGAAAAUUGUGUGUUUAUUUGUACCAAUGACAUUAUUGAUCAUUCGACCCUAUUACUGAAUCCCACGUAGAAUAGUUGAAUCUGAUGGAGUAAUAAUGACAGCUUUUGUCGCUACGACUGCUACUUUGUUAUCGUGGAUCCAUGGGGGACCAGUUUAUAAAAUCUAAUUUAACGACUGCAAGUUUAAGUAUUCCGUCAGUGUUAAAAUGAGUGUCAACGUGAAAGCAUCGAUCGUUGGAAAUACAACGUUUCCGAGUUCUAAAGAAUUAAAUUCAACAGAGAGUAACUGGGUAACAGCAAUUAAUUAUUAUGGAUUAAUUUACACUUCACUUUUAUUUGUGAUUGGCAUUCCCGGAAAUGUAUUGGUGUUUUUUGUUUAUUCCAAAAAAUCGAGAAAAAAUUCCACGACUGUAUUCAUUUUAGUUCUGGCUGUAUUUGAUUUGGUAAACUGCACGGCAACGUUACCGACAGAAAUUGUAAUGUUGCUGAAUCCGUUUGUUUUCAACAUAGGACCCGUAUGCAAAAUGUCCAGAUUUACCACAUAUACGUGUAACAGUGCUGCCGCUGUUAUCCUUGCCGCCAUUGCGGUGGACAGAUACAAACGGGUAUGUACACCCCAUGGGAAACAAUUUACUCUCAAACGAGCGAAACGAAUGGCAUUCUGGGCAUUUAUGACGUCCGUUAGUUUUACAUGGCCGUCUCUAAUGAUAUAUGGGCAAAGAACUAUUAGUACUGAAAGUGCAAACGUUACACGUCAAAUAUGUGAAAUAGACGAUUCUCACGUUCUGACGGUUUAUCCACUUAUCUAUUACUCUUAUAUGUGUUUCUCUACAUGUGGAAUAUAUUUUAUUCUGCUAGCAUCAUACAUAAGUAUUGUUAUCAAAAUGGUGAGGCGCAAGAACUUCUCUAGUUUGAUGGGUCGUCGAUCUGUAUCUAAUAAAGAGGUGCCAGAUAUACACAUAGAACAUCCCUCAUCUAUUGGGCAUCAUACAAACGCAUUACAAGUUACCAGUGUACACAGCUCCACGCGCAGUCUGAACGUGUGUUGUCAUACUGAAGAAUCAAAUUGUUUCCAGUAUGAACCAGCUGCGUCGGUGCAGAAAAAUAGCCAAAACAUGGCUGAAACUUCAAAGGAAAAGGAAAAUCCGAAUGUAAUGGAUUCCGAACAUCAGGAGCGCUUGAUGAAGACUGACGAAGACGACAUAAAACCAAAUGGCUUUUUAAAUGUUGACGGUCUUAUAGAUUGCAAAGAAGUUAUGAACGAAUAUGGUGCUGUACACGAACAAAAGUAUAAUGCUCGGAAUGAACAUUGUGUCAUUUCUAAUCCACAGAAUAAUCCCGAAUGUAUCGAAAAUAAAAACAAAGAAAACGAUAAAACAAGGAACCGAGUGUUGAAUAACAAUUUGAAUAAAGAAACAGAAGAAUCGAAACAGAAAACAAAACAAACGAUGAAAAAAAACAACAGUCUGGACGUUCCUUCGCCUAAUCAUUCGCCGGAAAUUUCUAGCAAAGACAGUUCAAAAAAUGAAAACACAUCAGAGAACCGAAAUAAAACCAAACGUAAGCGUAAGGUAUCACAAACGCGUAGUAAUACAGGAGAAAUGUCCUUGAAUGGAUCAAGCAAAAGUAAAAUGCGGCCUUCCAAAAGGAGUUUAAGAGCACAUCGUUUAGGUAAGACCACUCUUAUGCUGUUAGUUGUGACUAUGGUUUAUAUUUUAAGCUUUCUUCCAUUUCUUGGAGUUGUUAUACAACGAUCCAUAUCCCCUAUUGUUCCGUUGCUUUAUAAAGGAGAAUAUGACACAGUGUACGAAGCUUUGUACAGAUCUUAUUUACUAAACUGUGCGGUGAAUCCGGUUAUUUAUUCGUUUUGCAACGCAAAUUUUAGAAAAGAUUGUAGAGCUUCGUGUAGGAGACGAAAAUUGUUCUACAGAUAAGAGGCGAUGAGGCACACAAUAGUAUUACACAUAUCAUACUUUUGCCAAUUUGUAUCAUGGUUUGUGCAGGCUACCAACAGUUUAUAGAUACUGUGGAAAUAUUUUGAUGUUGUUUUGAUUUAAUUAUAUGAAUAUUCUCAACAUUUCACUAUGUCUUGAAGUCAACGUACUAUUUAAAAGUAAUCACGUUAGGCCACGCAAAAUCAAUUUGUUGUUUCAGCGAUUUAAUCGCUCUUUUAGUUCUUGAUUAAAAUUGUGAGGCGAAAGUCAUUUUCAAUUUAUUGCCCUUGUUCUUUAAAUUUUCACUCCUGUUCGUCAAAUCUGAUAUUUUCAAAUAAAAAUGAUCGCUC